CCCGCCCCCUCCCCCCGCGCCCCGCGUUGGACGCGCCCACUUCGGAGCUCCCGCUCGGCCCCCGCCUGCCGGGCGCGCGGCGCGGGGAGCUCGGCGGGGCCGCGCGGGUCUCCUCCUCCUCCCGCAGGUCCGCUCCCGAGCGCCUCGCGCAGCCGGCGCCGCCCGCUCCCCGCCUCCGGUCCGGCCCGGCCCGGGCGCCGCGGCAGAGCGCUCGGCCCGCGGGACAAGGUCAGGGGACGGAGAGGCGAUGCCCGAGCGCGGCUGCAGCCAGGCGAGCGGAGGCGAGCGCGGGCGGGCCGUGUCCCUCCUGAGCGGGGAGCGGGACCCGGGUCUGCGCCGCUGAGGAGCGGGAGCGGGGCCCCCGCAGGAGGGCGCGGCGGCCGCGGGCGCUCUCGGCCGGGCUUCCCCGCAGGCGCAGCCCCAGCCCCAGCCCCAGCCCCAGCCCCAGCCCCAGCCGGCGCCCGUCCGUGCGCGCAGCCCCGCCGGGCAGGGGCGCCGCAGACCAUGGAGCCGGGGGCCCGGGCCCGCGCUGGUGCCCCGCAGGCGGCGGCCCCGGGACUGUGGAGGGCUCGGCCGGCGGGCGGCGGCGGCGGCGGCGGCGGCGGCGGCGGGGGCGCCUCGUCCUGGCCGCUGGACGGAAGCAGCUGGCUGCUGUGCUAUGGCUUCCUGUACCUGGCGCUGUACGCGCAGGUGUCCCAGUCCAAGCCGUGCGACAGGACCGGCUCCUGCUUCUCCGGCCGCUGUGUCAACUCUACCUGCCUCUGCGACCCGGGCUGGGUGGGGGACCAGUGCCAGCACUGCCAGGGGCGGUUCAAGUUAACAGAACCUUCUGGAUAUUUAACAGAUGGCCCAAUUAACUAUAAGUAUAAAACUAAGUGUACAUGGCUAAUUGAAGGCUAUCCAAAUGCAGUGUUAAGAUUAAGAUUCAACCAUUUUGCUACAGAGUGUAGCUGGGAUCAUAUGUAUAUUUAUGAUGGAGAUUCAAUAUAUGCACCUUUAAUAGCUGUACUUAGUGGUUUAAUAGUCCCUGAAAUAAGGGGAAAUGAAACUGUGCCUGAAGUUGUCACAACAUCUGGCUAUGCGCUGUUACAUUUUUUUAGUGAUGCUGCAUAUAAUCUAACUGGUUUCAACAUUUUUUAUUCAAUCAAUUCUUGUCCUAACAAUUGCUCUGGCCAUGGGAAGUGUACAACUAGCACCUCAGUUCCAAGUCAAGUCUACUGUGAAUGUGACAAGUACUGGAAGGGGGAAGCUUGUGACAUACCUUAUUGCAAAGCUAAUUGUGGCAGUCCAGAUCAUGGUUACUGUGACUUAACAGGAGAGAAAUUGUGUGUCUGCAAUGAUAGCUGGCAAGGUCCUGAUUGUUCUUUGAAUGUUCCUUCUACUGAGUCUUACUGGAUUCUGCCAAAUGUUAAGCCCUUCAGUCCUUCUGUAGGUCGUGCUUCCCAUAAAGCAGUUUUGCACGGGAAAUUUAUGUGGGUGAUCGGUGGAUAUACCUUUAACUACAGUUCUUUUCAAAUGGUCCUGAACUACAAUUUAGAAAGCAGUAUAUGGAAUGUGGGAACCUUGUCUAGGGGACCUCUCCAGAGAUACGGACACUCUCUGGCUUUAUAUCAGGAAAACAUCUUUAUGUAUGGAGGCAGAAUUGAGACAAAUUAUGGCAAUGUCACAGAUGAAUUGUGGAUUUUCAAUAUACAUAGUCAGUCCUGGAGUACAAAAACUCCUACUGUCCUUGGACAUGGUCAGCAGUAUGCGGUGGAGGGACACUCCGCACAUAUUAUGGAACUGGAUAGCAGAGAUGUUGUCAUGAUCAUAAUAUUUGGAUAUUCUGCAAUCUAUGGUUACACAAGCAGCAUCCAGGAAUACCAUAUCUCAUCAAACACUUGGCUGGUACCAGAAACUAAAGGAGCUAUUGUUCAAGGUGGAUAUGGCCAUACCAGUGUAUAUGAUGAAAUCACAAAGUCCAUUUAUGUUCAUGGAGGCUAUAAAGCAUUGCCAGGCAAUAAAUACGGGCUGGUAGAUGAUCUUUAUAAGUAUGAAGUUAACACAAAGACUUGGACAAUUUUGAAAGAAAGUGGGUUUGCCAGAUACCUUCAUUCAGCUGUUCUUAUCAAUGGAGCUAUGCUUAUUUUUGGAGGAAAUACCCAUAAUGAUACUUCCCUGAGUAAUGGUGCAAAAUGUUUUUCUGCCGAUUUCCUGGCAUAUGAUAUAGCUUGUGAUGAAUGGAAAAUAUUACCCAAACCAAAUCUUCAUAGAGAUGUCAACAGAUUUGGACACUCUGCAGUUGUCAUUAAUGGGUCCAUGUAUAUAUUUGGAGGAUUUUCUAGUGUGCUCCUUAAUGAUAUCCUCGUGUACAAGCCUCCUAAUUGCAAGGCUUUCAGAGAUGAAGAACUUUGUAAAAAUGCUGGUCCAGGGAUAAAAUGCAUUUGGAAUAAAAAUCACUGUGAAUCUUGGGAAUCUGGGAACACUAAUAAUAUUCUUAGAGCAAAGUGCCCGCCUAAAACAGCUGUCUCUGAUGACAGAUGUUACAGAUAUGCAGACUGUGCCAGCUGUACUGCCAAUACAAAUGGGUGCCAGUGGUGUGAUGACAAGAAAUGCAUUUCAGCAAUUAGUAACUGUAGUAUGUCUGUGAAAAACUACACCAAAUGCCAUGUGAGAAAUGAGCAGAUAUGUAACAAACUUACAAGCUGUAAAAGCUGUUCACUAAACUUGAAUUGCCAGUGGGACCAGCGGCAGCAAGAAUGCCAGGCUUUACCAGCUCAUCUGUGUGGAGAAGGGUGGAAUCAUAUUGGGGACGCUUGUCUUAGACUCAAUGCCAGUAGAGAAAACUAUGAUAAUGCAAAACUUUAUUGCUAUAAUCUUAGUGGGAAUCUUGCUUCAUUAACAACGUCCAAAGAAGUAGAAUUUGUUCUGGAUGAAAUACAGAAGUAUACACAACAGAAGGUGUCACCAUGGGUAGGAUUGCGUAAGAUCAACAUAUCCUACUGGGGUUGGGAAGACAUGUCUCCUUUUACAAACACCACCCUUCAGUGGCUUCCUGGUGAACCGAAUGAUUCUGGAUUCUGUGCAUAUAUAGAAAGGGCAGCUGUGGCAGGCUUAAAAGCUAAUCCUUGCACAUCUAUGGCAGAUGGCCUAGUCUGUGAAAAACCUGUUGUGAGUCCCAAUCAAAAUGCAAGGCCAUGCAAGAAGCCAUGCUCUCUGAGGACAUCAUGCUCCAACUGUACAAGCAACGGCAUGGAGUGUAUGUGGUGCAGCAGCACAAAACGAUGUGUUGACUCUAACGCUUACAUAAUCUCUUUUCCCUAUGGGCAGUGUCUUGAGUGGCAGACGGCCACCUGCUCUCCUCAAAAUUGUUCUGGAUUGAGAACCUGUGGACAGUGUUUGGAACAGCCUGGGUGUGGCUGGUGCAAUGAUCCUAGUAACACUGGAAGAGGACACUGUCUUGAAGGAUCUUCCCGGGGACCUAUGAAGCUUAUUGGAACACACAAUAAUGAGAUGGUUCUUGAUACCAGUCUUUGUCCCAAAGAAAAGAAUUAUGAGUGGUCUUUUAUCCAGUGCCCAGCUUGCCAGUGUAAUGGACACAGCACUUGCAUCAAUAAUAAUGUGUGUGAGCAAUGUAAAAAUCUCACCACUGGGAAGCAGUGUCAAGAUUGCAUGCCAGGGUAUUAUGGAGACCCCACGAAUGGGGGGCAGUGUACAGCUUGUACUUGCAGUGGCCAUGCAAAUAUCUGUCAUAUGCACACAGGAAAAUGUUUUUGUACAACUAAAGGAAUAAAAGGUGAUCAAUGCCAAUUAUGUGACUCUGAAAAUCGCUAUGUUGGUAACCCACUUAGAGGAACAUGUUAUUACAGCCUUUUGAUUGACUAUCAGUUUACAUUCAGCUUAUUGCAGGAAGAUGAUCGUCACCACACAGCCAUCAACUUCAUAGCAAACCCAGAACAGUCAAACAAAAAUUUGGAUAUUUCAAUUAACGCAUCAAACAACUUUAACCUUAACAUCACGUGGUCAGUUGGUUCAACAGCUGGAACAAUUUCUGGAGAAGAGACUCCUAUAGUGACCAAGACUAAUAUAAAGGAAUACAGAGAUAGUUUUUCCUACGAAAAAUUUAACUUUAGAAGUAAUCCUAACAUCACAUUCUAUGUGUACGUCAGCAACUUUUCCUGGCCCAUUAAAAUACAAAUUGCAUUCUCACAACACAACACAAUCAUGGAUCUUGUGCAGUUUUUUGUCACCUUCUUCAGUUGUUUUUUAUCUUUAUUGUUGGUGGCUGCUGUGGUGUGGAAGAUCAAGCAGACGUGUUGGGCUUCUCGGCGAAGAGAGCAACUGCUUCGAGAACGACAGCAGAUGGCCAGCCGUCCCUUUGCUUCUGUUGAUGUGGCACUGCAAGUAAGAGCUGAACAAACAGACUUUCUGCAAGGGCCAUUAGAGGGAACCCCAAAGCCAAUAGCCAUUGAGCCAUGUGCUGGAAACAAAGCUGCUGUCCUCACUGUGUUGCUUUGUCUACCACGAGGACCAUCAGGUACCCCUCCCCCUGGGCAAUCAGGUCUUGCCAUAGCCAGCGCUCUAAUAGACAUUUCACAACAGAAGCCUUCUGAUAAUAAAGAUAAGACUUCCGGAGUCAGAAAUCGAAAACACCACCUCUCAACACGUCAAGGAACCUGUGUCUGAGGAGCAGAAACUGCUUCUGGAUGUUUGCUAAUGUUUGAGUUUGUAAGAGGCUUCCUGGAAGGCUAUUCGACAACCUCGGUUUCUUGUGGAGGCCCAUCCUGGAGAGUCCCAGAGCCCCAGUACAGAUCACGCAAAAUGGGCAAUGGCCCAAGUGACCAAAGAAUGUUCAUGAGUUUUGUAAAAGUCACAGUAUUGAUGGUCACAAGUAACAAAGUCAGUUUUUACAACUCUCGUUAAAUUACUCUGGAGGAAAGAUGUAUAUUGUUUCUUAAUGCAGAUGAGAAAUACGUAAUUCAUAUGAAUCAAGCUGUUUAUAUCCCAAGACUUUAAAGAAAGACAUUUUAUAAUGCCUGAAUGAUAAGAACUGUUUUUUGCCUCAUAGGUAAACUCAGAUCACUUGUAUAUUUAACAGGAAGUGGAUAGGAAAGGAACUAACUGCAAUGGCUUUAAAUACUGUUUGAUGUCACUAUAUAUGCAAAAGCAAGAUCUUGAUUUAAUGGGGUGUAGGUAAUGUAUUUCAUAUUUCACAGGACCAUAUCAUGUCCCGACUCAGUUUGAGAAUGUGAUGGUUUCCCAUAUAACUGGAAUGCUGGCCAGAAUUAGUCCAUUUGGAUAAGCAGCAUGUGAAACUUCACAGGAGGUUUAUUAGAAUUCUGAGUGAAGAGGACAUUCCCGUCAUCCAUGCCAACUGCUGAACUCAUUCUCAGAGCUGAUAGAGCAUGGAAAAGCCUGCCCAGACAUCAAUUUUCCCCUCCUUCCAAAAAAACAACCGCCAAUACCACAAACCUAAAGAGAGAGUUGAAAUAGUUACUUUACAGUGUGCAAGCUUCUGUUCUGACAUGGUGAUGUUGAAUUGCCUUGGACUCAUUGGCCCAGACCUCUGCAAUUCAUCUGCAUUUUUAUAAGAACUGAUCAACGUUUCUGACCUCCAUCUCCUAGUUCUGAGAUUUUAUCUACCUUUUACAAAGGACGUGUGUUUUAGCAGCAGCACCUCCCAAUUAUCCUAUGACUCAGGUUCCCUCCUGCCAACUAUUUCACUUAAGGUACAAGUCAAGAAGAACAUUUACUGGCAAGUGUCUAUAGCAUUCUUAUUCUCAUAUGAACACAUCGGUGCCAUGACAGAAAGGCUCCAGUUUAAAAAUAUGUUCAGUGGCUCCUAAGCACAGCACCAGUUCGCAUGUGUAAGACCCUAGCACCCUCAAGAUUUAAAGUAAAUACAUGUGAGUUCAGUAUUGCCCACAUUAAGCAUAUUCUUCUUGAUUCAAAAAACAGAAUUAAUGGAGAAAAAAUGAUAUAAAGCAGCUUUCACAUUGAAACAGAAUUAUUUGUGUCCUAAAAUUCCUAACAGUAGCAUUAAAAGAUCUCAUUUGGAAUCAAGUAUCCUAACUUCAGGGGCACUACAACAUAGACAGCUGUGACAGCAGUAUCCAAAACUGCUCUGUAUGAUGUAGUUUUGUUCAAUAUGAAAGUCAUUUAAAUAUAAUUGAUGCUUAGUACUGUACAUGUACUUUCCAUGGUUUUUGUUUGUUUUGGCUUUCUGGAUGUUGAUGACAUUCAACUGUUUACAGCUAAUGCAUAGUUACUUGCAUGCUAUGGUUGUGCACUAGCAGAAUAUGACCCUAUUGUGAUAUUCACUGUUUAUUUCCUAAUGCCAUUUAUACAUAGGCAGCUUAAUUUGAUGAAGACUGAAUGUAUUAUAUAGCAGGAAUGAUCAUACAAAUAUGUAGUUGCACCAUAUAUAGGAUCACUAGGUAGCAUCUAACCAUGACAAUGUCAUUGUUUUGAUAAUUAGGCGCUUAUGGAUUAUAAUAUAUAUCCUUAUGUUGGCAUGAUGAUUUUGCUAUUUCCAUGCAUUAAAAUAAGACUAAUUCUUAGAGUAAUUUUAUCUCCAGCCUGUAGGGCUUGGGGGAGGAGUGAAGCUGAUUGUUAUUUACCUCCUUGUAAUAUUUGAUCUCUCAGAGAAAAAAAAAAAGUCAGCAAAGUUUGCAAAUGUCUCCAAAAGACAAUCAAGUAAUAUUACUCAUUUCUUUUUGAACCCUUUAAAUGUUAAUUUUUCCUCUGGAAAAAAAUAUAUGGACAUUACUAAUGGUUACAAAAGUAUAAAUACUAGAAAAAGAAAAAAAAUGAUUUCCCAAUUUAUUCAACUCUCAAACAAUUGUCAUGAAAAAUAGAAAACAAGUUUCGAGAACAUCAGUCCAAAGCAGCAGAGUGGUGUGUAAAAUCUAAUUCAGUUGUAUUUUUAGAGAGGGCAAGCAAAGGGUACUAUUGCUGAACAAUUGUCAGAUUUUAUCCACCUCAAUCCAGUUGAGUUCUUAAAACUUUAAAAUCUCAAUUGAACUAUUAGAAAAUUUUGGGAAGUGGUGCAAUGUUAAGUUAAAGUCAUACUUUUGAGGACAAAUAUAGCUAACUCCAUGACUAAUUAUACAGUAUUUCCUUUACUUAUCAAAGCUUUUUUUACUGGCAACAAAAUUCUUCACCUGACGGUGAGGCAGAUUGAAAAGACCUUAGGGAAAAUCACUUUGAAUCUGUGUCAUGUUCCUUUUUUACCCUACCUCCAAAAACACUUUUUAAGUUUGGAUGCUUCAAUCUUCUUUUAAAUGAAACCACAACUAAAUGCAUAUACUCCCCAAGAAGUUAGCACUUGAAUAACUAAUUUACUUGGUAACGUAUCUUAACAGAGUUCUGUUCAUUUUAAUUAAGAAUAACUUUGAAACAUUCUUGAGACUUUAGGCCUUCUUGUUUAUUCAAGUGUGUAAAGUUCUUUUUGUUAAAUAUAAUGGAGUUUUAAAAAUUAGCCAGGGACACUAUUUGAGCAAUUUAAGAAUCCUUGUUGAAAGGAUCUUCCAAAGAAAAGUACAUGCUUACAUAUCAGUCCAUCAGUCUACUGCAUUAUAAGAAAAUUGGGAUUCCCACAACUACUUUUAAUGAGGAUAUCAUGACAUACAGAGAAGAAUUGUAUCACAUGUAGUAUGGCAUCAUGAUUAAUAAAAAAAGUCUCAGUUGAGCAUACGUAAAUGUAUAAUCAAUACUUGCUGUAUUUCCCAAUUUAUCUCUUUGUGUUUUUGCAUAACAGUAAGGUAGAGGUGACCAAGGUUCAUUUCGAGUGUAGACUAACAAGAAGAAACUCAGAACAGACAUUGCAGCCAGAUCUGAGAUGUAUGGUGUCAGGAAUUCUCUUAAUUUUGAAGCCUCAGACUUUGCAUCAGUGAGAUCAAGUUGUGAUACCCACCUUACAGGGCUGAUGUGAGGCUACAAGAUAAUAAAUGCAAAACUCUCACAUAAUGCUCACCAUACAUUUUACCGCUAUUAAUAAUCACAGGCCACUGAGUCGCUUUUCAGAAACCAAUUGUUUCUGAAUCUCUUUUUUAAUCUUCUCAUCUGUCUUUUCAUCAUGUAAAAGGUUAUGUUUGGCAAAGGGAGAUUUCAUGAAAAUGUUAAGUUGCUAUAGUUCUAAGAUGUAAAGAUUUCUAUAAAAUCAGUUUUGUACUUGGGUCACUGGAGGCUUUGACUCUUAGAAUACACACAGCUUUACCUGAGUAUUUUUCAAACCACUGCUUCAUGACAUUUAAAUGGGAAUGUUAGUCAUUUUUUACAUUCAAAUUAGGCAAGAAGUCAAUUCUUACAUUUAGUUUCAUAUGCAGUACAUCUUUUUGUCUUUGAAUAUGGAACUACAAUUGGAAGAAUGUUGUGUAGAUGGCUUUUUAAAAUAUUUAUUUGUUAACACAAGAUAGAAUCAGAGCAUCACUCUGGAACAUGGGAUGUCAGGGAUUAAACUCAGAACCUCAUGCUUCCAAGUUCAGUGCCCUCACUGUGCCAUCCCCCAGGCCCAAUGUAGAUUGUCUCAAGAUUUUAACAUGAGCAAGUAAACUAGUUCUGCCCUUGUGCACUUCAAAAUAAAAUUCUAGAGUUUGUUUACCAUUCAGUAGGGGAAGUUUGGAAUUGACAUGAUCUUAAGUACCUCCAGGUUACUGUAGAUUUCUACCUUUGCCUAUGGGGAUUAAAAUUCCUAGGUGAAAUGAACUGGUCACUACAUACAAAUGUGCUUAACUAGCAUUUCAGCAAUUCUUAGGACUAAGUAGCCUAGGAAAACACUGAACUGGACCAGCAAGUUGCCUUUAUCCACAGCUAGAAGAAUUUCUUCAAGUAACAAAGUUGUCACUCUAGUUCAAAAUGCUUUAGCUAAUUUCCCAAGGAAUAUAAGCCAUCUGGUUGGUGUUACAAUUGCUUGUUCAUUAUAGUGUACAUUUAACAUUUCCAUUUUAUCAUUUUUUAAAUUUAAGAAUUCAAACAAUAUCAGUAUAUAUGUAUACAGAGGUGUAUGCCAGUGCUAAAAACAGAUUGUAUAAAGUUCAACCUUACUUUAAGAUACAAUGUCUUAUGAUAUAGCAUUCUAUUAAUGGGGAAUUUAAUUACUGAAAUAAAAAAUUGGUUCUUUCAACA